AUGUGAAUUCAAUAAACAUCUUCAGAUGUUAUCUUCCCUAAUGAUGAAGCAUGUGACGCUGAUGACCUCAUGACUGUGACACGCACUCGGACUGUUGGGUUUUUUGGUCAAAAAUAUAAUGUAAAGAUUUGGGGGUUAUCAAGUGAGAAAAAGACAAAUCAUGUCACGUAGAAUAAACAGUAUAAUCUUAAACUCGUACAUUUUAAUGACUAAGUCGUCAUGGAGACGACAGACUGACUUUCUAAGUUUGUUGCAGCACAAAUUCACAAAAUGAACAUAUUUCCUGAGGUUGACUGUUUUUGUUUUUCCUCAAAUCAUUUAAACCUGUUUGUAUUUUGCUGCUGUCUCUGAUCUUUAAUUUCUCCUGUAACUUUGUGUCUUGUGUAACUGAGGCUUUCUUAACUGUUGCCCUGCAGCUCUGUUCUCAGAGGAAGACGCCUGGUGACAUUCUGAGGAUCAACAUCCUUUAUGUGACAUUUAACUAUCGAGAUCUGGACGAAUCAGAGCAUUAAUGUCAAAACAUGGAAAGAAUACCGAGAUUUAAAUGACACAGGAAGACAUUUGUACAGAAUUCAGAAACAUGUAGGUGAGAGCAGCAGAAGAGAGAAAGUCCUGCCGAUCUACUGCUCCACUGUCCAGAAGGUGGCGGUAAUGCACCUUUAAGCUGGUUUAACAGAAGAAGUAGAAGAAGAGUCCCAGCGCAGCGCCCCCUGCGGUCAGGAGAGAAGCAGCACCACAAGGUCCAGUGAAGGAGGAAACAACAGAACCGAUCCAACAUGGCGUCAAACGAUUAUUCCCAAACAUCUUCCCAGGGCUAUGGCUCCUAUGGUGGAGGUGGAGGUGCAGGUAGCGGUGGAGGUGGUGGUGCUAACCCGGGCUACGGUCAGUCCUCUGGUCAGAGCUACAGCCAGCAGGGAUACGGAGGUUACAACCAAGGCUCUGACAGCAGCUCCGGCUCCUACAACCAGGGAGGAUACGGCAGCUACGGUCAACCUCAGUCAGGAGGAUACGGUUCUCCACCCUCUAACCAGGGAGGGGGUGGUGGUUAUAAUCAUUCCAGUCAGUCCUACAGCUCUGGAGGCUACAGCAGCAGCAGCCAGCCCUCCAACACGAGCUACAACCAGCAGUCAUCCUUCUCUGGUUACAGCCAGCAGCAGCCACCCUCCUCCUCCUCCUCUGCAGGCUACGAAGGGAACUCCCAGGCCCCUGCCUACAACCAGCCACCCAGUGGUGGACAGGGUGGAGGUGGUUACGGGAGCGGUGGAGGUCAGACCGGUGGAUAUGGUGGAAGCCAUCAACAACCACCCCAACAUGGAGGAGGUCACUACAACCAGCCUCCGAGCUACAGUUCCCCUCCUCCACAGAGCUACAGUCAGCAGAGCCAGUACGGACAAAGUGGAGGAUACGGAGGCGACAGCCCCCCGAUGAGUGAUGGAGGAUACAGUGGUCCCGACGGAGGUUACGGGGGGCAGGAGGCUCGCGGUGGCAGGGGUCGUGGCGGUGGAUUUGGAGGUCGGGGUGGUGGCGGUUAUGACCGUGGCUUUGACAGAGGUGGGCGAGGUGGACCCAGAGGAAGAGGAGGCAUGGGAAUGGGCGAUCGUGGAGGAUUCAAUAAGUUUGGUGUACAAGGCCUGGGAGACGACUACACGGUCGAGUCAGUGGCCGACUUCUUUAAGCAGAUUGGAAUCAUUAAGGUCAACAAGAAGACGGGUCUCCCCAUGAUCAACCUGUACACAGACCGAGAGACGGGGAAGCUGAAAGGAGAGGCCACCGUUUCCUUUGACGACCCCCCCUCAGCUAAAGCUGCCAUCGACUGGUUUGAUGGUAAAGACUUCAAUGGAAAUCCCAUCAAAGUUUCCUUCGCCACCCGCAGAGCUGACUUUGGAGGCCGGGGGGGAAUGAGGGGAGGUCGCGGACGAGGAGGGCCCAUGGGCCAUGGAGGAUUUGCGGGGGGUCGAGGGGGAGGUUUCCCAGGAGGCAACGGCGGCAACGGCAACGGUGGAGGAGGAGGAGGAGGAGGAGGUGGUGGAGGAGGUGGUGGUGGAGGAGGAGGAGGAGGAGGAGGACAGCAGAGAGCUGGAGACUGGAAGUGCUCGAACCCUAACUGUGGCAACCUGAACUUCUCGUGGCGAAAUGAGUGUAACCAGUGCAAGGCUCCGAAACCGGAGGACGCAGGAGGGAUGGCCCCGAUGGAAAGAGGAGGUUACGGAGGAGAGCGCAGAGGAGGGUUUGAUCAUGGCGGCUUCAGGGGCCGAGGCGGCGACCGGGGGGGCUUUAGAGGGGCCCGAGGCGGCGACCGGGGAGGAUACGGCCCUGCCAAAAUGGACGCAAGGGGGGACCACAGACAGGAGCGACGGGGACGUCCCUACUGAGUCAUCCCUCGAGGACAAAGGAACAGUGUGUCCCUGUCCUCCCCUUUAACACUCGUCUGUUCACUGUGACCCUCAGUGUAGAAAAACGUGACUGUCCUUGUUUGUUGCGUUUAUUGUUGUUCAUGUCGCUCGAUGUCUUCACCUCCGUCCACGUUCGUCCUGCUCAGCGAGGUCUCGUUUACAAAAACAAACUCAGCAUCAAAUUCCAUCUAAAGAAAUACAAGGAUACAUUUUUGUCUGAUAAAGUUUUAUUCAGAAGCUGGAAACACAUUAACGACAGCAGAUGAUUUCAUGUCUCCUGACCUCAUGAAGAAGAUUUUAUCAUCAUGAGACGACGAACACACAAACUCACAAACUGAACCUGGAAACAAAUCCGACAUAUUUGACCUUUAACACUCAUCCCUGUUGCUAUGGUUACGCCUGGUGGAGUUUCCAGCCUCUGAAUCAGAGACUUGUGUAAACUGAUCUCGUUUUAGUUUGAAAACUCUGGGUUUGUGUUUCAGUCUGAACAGAAACUGAGACGUUUGUA